AUGCUAGCCGCUCGCACCUCACGCUCCCUAGCGGCUUCCUCGUUGAGGUCGAUACGCAGCCUACACACCACCUCGACUGUCGCAGCCCUCGGAUCACUCGCAGCGUCCAAGGCAAAAGAGGUCGAGUCAAAGUGGAGCGGGACGUCGACGAGCGGUGGGACGACCAAGAACUUUGUCAACGGGGCCUUUGUUGAUAGCAAGGCAGACCGAUGGAUCGAUGUGCCUGAUCCAGUGACGCAGACGGUGCUGAGCAAGGUCCCCGAGACGAGCGAGGCAGAAUUCAAUCAGGCAGUCAAGAAUGCAGAAGAGGCUUUCCCUGCGUGGGCGGCUACCAGCAUUUUGGGCAGGCAGCAGAUCAUGUUCAGGCUUCAAGCACUCCUCCGCGAUCACAUGGACGACAUUGCCAACUCCAUCGUCCUGGAGCAAGGCAAGACCUUUGCCGACGCCAAAGGUGACGUGCUCCGCGGUCUGCAGGUGGCCGAAGUCGCUUGCGGCAUCACUUCAACGAUGCUAGACCAGCGCAUCGAGGUGUCAAAGGAUAUGGACACGCACACGAGGCGGCAGCCACUGGGUGUGACCGCCGCCAUCUGCCCCUUCAACUUCCCUGCGAUGAUCCCCCUGUGGACUCUCCCGAUGGCGACCGUCACAGGCAACACUCUCAUCCUCAAGCCUUCCGAACGAGUCCCCGGUGCCUCGAUGAUCAUCGCCGAGCUGGCACAACGAGCCGGCCUGCCCAAGGGCGUCUUCAAUGUCGUUAACGGCUCCUUCGACACGGUCAACCGCAUCUGCGACCACCCAGCCAUCAAGGCCAUCUCCUUCGUUGGGUCAGACAAGGCAGGCUCGCACAUCUACCAUCGCGGUACGGCCAAUGGAAAGCGCGUUCAGUCUAACAUGGGCGCCAAGAAUCACGCCGUCAUCAUGCCAGAUGCGAACAAGAAUCUUGCGCUCAACUCGAUCGCGGGGGCUGCUUUCGGUGCUGCAGGGCAGCGUUGCAUGGCUCUGAGCGUUGCCGUCCUCGUAGGAGAGGCGCAGUCUAUGCUGCCGGACCUCAUUGAGCGAGCUAAGGCCCUCAAGGUUGGCAGCGGGUUUGACGAGGGGGCCGACUUGGGCCCGCUCAUCUCGCCGCAAGCCAGAGAGAAGGUGAUUCGCCUCACGAAGAGCGUCGAGGAGCAAGGCGGGAAGAUCUUGCUUGACGGGACUGGAUACCAGAGCCAGGACUACCCGAAUGGCAACUUCGUUGGACCGAGCAUUGUCGAGGUCAAGAAGGGCAUGGAUGCAUACGAGCAGGAGAUCUUCGGGCCUACGCUCAACGUGAUUCGUGCGGACACGCUGGAUGAGGCGAUCGAGAUCAUCAACUCGAAUCGCUAUGGCAACGGGACAGCCAUAUUCACGACGAAUGGCUCCACGGCGCGAGCAUUCGAAACCCGCGUCAAUGUCGGCCAAAUCGGUGUCAACGCCGCCAUCCCCGUACCGCUUCCCUUCUUCAGCUGGUCAGGCUCCAAGGCCUCCGUACUCGGCCAAUCGCCGUCUUUCUACGGUCAGCACGCCCUCAGCUUCUUCACGACGACCAAGACGAUCACCAGCUUGUGGAGGGCAGACGACGCGACGGACACCAAGGCGAGCGUGGCCAUGCCUACGAUGUCUUGA